AUGUCGCUAAAGACGAAUGGCAGCAUUAAUCUUAGUAACACUAGCAGUAGAAAAUGUAAACCUUGUGAUGACGGCGAGAUACUUCAAAGAAGGGCUUGCGAGAGUACUAAGACACCUCCAGUCCGCCCGCUCGACCGUAGCGCGCUCGGCUCGGAAGGCUCGUUCGAGCGCUGCUCGCGGCUGACCGCUUUGCUGACGCGGCUUGGCUUCUAUCUCCUCAUCUUCCUCGGCCAAUUGAACCAAUUGCUGUUCUCGCCCAAGGUCUCCAAAGAGCGGAACAGAGAGGGUUACGCGCCGCUGUACCGGUCUUUCGACCAGUUGUACUCCCGCUACUUAUACCGGCGCGUGCGCCACUGCUUCAACCGGCCUGUGUGCUCGGCGCCUGACGCAGAGAUCACUCUCAUGGAGCGCUCCAGUCGAGACUACAACUGGAACUUGAGGUUCACAGGGCGCGAGCUCCAGUGCGUGAACCUAGGCUCGUACAACUACGUGGGGUACCGAGGUGGGAAGGACGAGGUGGAGGCCGCGGCGCGAAGCUACGGGCUGGUUUUAAGCUCGCCUCGCGCGGAGCUGGGAUCGUGCGCGCUGCAUGAGCUGCUUGAGAACGAGUUGGCCGAGUUCUUUGGAGUAGAGGCAGCAGUGGUCGUGGGCAACGGUUUCCUCACGAACAUGCUGACGCUGCCAGCGCUGCUGGGCCCCGGCUCGCUGGCGCUGAGCGACGCGAGCAACCACACCAGCCUGGUGCUCGGGCUGCGGCUCGCGCGCGUGCCCGUGCGCGUGUUCAGGCACAACGACAUGCGGCAUCUGGAGCGGCUGGCGAGGCAGGCGCGCGCUGAAGGACGCUGGCGGAAAAUUGUUAUCGUCAUGGAGGGGAUCUACAGCAUGGAGGGUUCCCUCGCGGCGCUGCCAGCGGCCAUCGCGCUGAAGAAGCAGCUAGGCCUCCACCUCUACAUCGACGAGGCCCACAGCAUCGGGCUGGGGCCGCGCGGGCGCGGGGCCACGGACGCGUGCGGCGUGAGUCCGCGGGAUGUCGAUGCGCUCAUGGGGACGUUUAGUAAGAGCUUUCCUGGCGCGGGUGGUUACAUUGCCGGUUCCGCCGCGCUGGUGCGCUGGGUGCGCGCGCACGGAGCCGCGCACGCGUACGCGCAGGCCAUGCCGCCGCCCGUGGCCGCGCAGGUGCUGAGCGCGCUGCGCGACCUGCGCGCGCCGGCCGGGCAGGCGCGGGUGGCCGCGCUGAGGGACAACACUCGCUACUUCCGCGCCCGGUUACAAGCGAUGGGCGUGGUGGUACACGGGCACCCCCAGUCCCCAGUAGUACCCAUGCUGAUAUACUCGUCCAGCAAGAUGAUAGCUUGCGUAGAGCAGCUCACGGCGGCCGGAGUCGCGGCUGCCGGUGUGGCGUUCCCCGCUACGCCUCUGUACCAGGCGCGUAUGCGGUUCUGCCUGUCGGCUGCACACACCCGCGAGCACCUGGACACGGCGCUGGCGGCCAUUGAGGCGGCGGCGGACGAGCUGGGGCUGCGGUACUCGCGUCAGCCAGACAACGGAGCACCGAUGACAAACGCACAGUCUGUCUAA